AUGGCUGGAAGAAACGACGCUGCUAUUACUGCUGCAUUGGAAGCUGUGGGGCAACAACCUAAUGCUGGUGCUGGUGUUAAUGCUGAAAAGAAAGAGAUUGAGUUUCUUGAGCUGAAACAAGGCGAUAUGUCUGUGACAAAGUAUGCUGCAAAGUUUGUGGAGCUGGCUAAGUUUUAUCCACACUACACUGCUGAGACUGCUGAAUUUUCUAAGUGCAUCAAAUUUGAGAAUGGUUUGCGUGCGGAGAUCAAGCGGGCAAUUGGUUACCAGAAGAUCCAGUCGUCCAAAGCCUUACAGUCUCCUGCUGAUAAGAGUGAGCAGAGAGUGAAUGAUGAGAGGGGAACCAAGAGGAAAGAGAAUCCUACCGAAGUUGUUUGUUACCGAUGUGGAGAGAAAGGCCACAAGAGUAAUGUUUGCAAUGGUGAAAAGAAGAAGUGCUUCCGAUGUGCCAAGAAGGGGCAUACGAUAGCGGAAUGUAACCAUGAGGAUAUUGUGUGUUUCAACUGCAAAGAGGAAGGACAUAUUAGUUCGCAGUGCAAGAAGCCUAAGAAGGCUCAGGCAGGUGGAAAGGUGUUUGCUUUAUUUGGUACUCAGACAGCGGAUGAGGAUCGUCUGAUCUGA